UCCACCUCUCUAUGAUCAGUCUUCCACAACCGCCUUAAGAAUAUUUUAGCCUUAAGUAACUAAGUCUUCCAUUAGAUUUUAAGUAGUUAAGAGAUUUUAAGUAUUAAGAUAAGAUGCAGAGGGGCGGAGCGUCGCGUCGCGAACGCAACGAUAGGCUCGUCUUCGAGAGACUCUGGCGAGGCACCUUUAGGGCCGUCGUGGCGGGCCCGCAGAGAAGGCCCCGCGCAUCCUCACAUGACCCUAACCCCGAGGCCAUAGAAAUGCCCGCCGCCAUGGCACACCAAGGGCCGUCACACGUCGCAGACUCUCUGGAGCCCGCCCUGCGCACGCUCCUCGCCGGCCUCAGGAGCUCGUGCUGUUGCCGGUGUAACUGCGCAAUGAGCAACAAUGUUAACAACAAUUUGCAGGUCUGUCUCUCCAACGAGGAGGAGAGGAAGUCCAUGCGGUCCGUUAUAAGCGUACGUGAGACGCACGCGGUCGCAGAAGCGCAACAGGAGAAGAACGCGCGUCUUCGGGAUGCGUUCGGAAUAUCGCCGAGGUUCGUGGAGGGCACCAGUCUGGACCCUGAGAGACGCGCGCGCGAGGAAGCCCGCCGGUACCCGCUCGUGAGGACACCCAGUCAUGAGCGAGAGGAGCGCGAUACACAGCUCAUAAAGAAGAAAAAGAAAAGAAGUGCAUCACCAGAGUCUAAGAAGUCUAAGAAGAAGAAGUCUAAGAAAAAUAAGAAAGACAAACAAGAAAGCAACAAGAAAAAGAAGAAGCGCUCCAAAUCACCGAACACGGAUAGUUCUAGCAGUUCAGAUGCAGCGCACGAGAGCGACUCCGCCAGCUCCGAGGAUGAAAAGCAGAAGAAGAAAAAAAAGAAAAAGUCGAGUGCCAGACACCGUGCAAGCAGUGAAGCAUCCAGCCGCGAGAGUUCUCCAGUAAAAACGACAAAAGAUAAAAGAUCAGAACGCGAAUGUGAACCUGUACCAGAUGUCGUACGAAGCAAGAGGAAAGAGAACGAACGCGAUGAUUUGCGACGUCGCAAUAGAAGCGUUAGUGAACGUCGUGACGAGCACACGAGGAACUCUAGAUCUGAUCUGAGACGACGUGAAGAUCGAAGCUCAUCCAAAGAUGACAGAAGAGAGUCGCCGGAGUAUAGACAAAGAUCUUAUGUCACCAAAAUUGUAAACAAAAACCGUGAGUCUUUAGAAGACAAUUUAGAAAAGUCACGGUCAGGAAAACGUCAAAGGGCACGAUCUGUAUCUGCAUCUGACGAAGAACCGCCUUCAAGAAAUAAAGAAUACAAGGCAGAAAAAAAACGAAAUGAUCGAGAAAAGAGUGACUCUGCUCCUCCGGUGAAGAGGAAACGCAGUAUUUCUGUCGAAUAUCGUAGAAAUGAUUCAUAUAAUAACGAUAUAGAUCGAGAUGUGGAUAGGAAUAGAAGAGAAGGUUCUUACCGUGAAGAAAGAAGAACUCGCCGAAGAAGCAGGUCGUACGAAUAUAGGAAUGAUAGAGGACGAGAGAGCACUCUUAGGAAAGAUAAAGAUGAAAGAUACGACAGUAAAAAAUACAACGAUCGACAAAGACUUGAUCGUAGAGACAGUUAUGAGAAAGAAACGAGAAAUAAAAUAAGUAGAUCCAGCGCAAGAGGACAUCGGGAUUCAUCUACAGAAUACCAAUGCAAAGAUAAUAGAAACAAGUCAACAUAUAAAGAACCCGAAAGAUAUUACAAAGUUUCAAAACCUGAUCGAUCAGUCUCAUCAGACUCUGAAGAGGAAAGGCCUCGCAAUGACAGACGUGAUAAAGAAAUAAAAAGCAAAAGCCGAUAUUAUAAAGACAGAGAUGCGUCUCCUCCGGCAAAGGAACAAAACAGAAAGAGUCCAUCACCAAGUCGGAGACAGCGUGAUGCAUCUUUGGCUAAGAGACGAAGUUCUCCAUCGCCCUCGCGACGUGUCCCGUCACCUAAACAUCGAGAAGCUAAUCCAAAGAAACGUGAUCCUUCGCCGCCAACAAGGCGAGAUUCACCAGCGCCGCGGCGACGACGAGAUUCAACUCCGCCUAAGAAACGGGAAUUGUCACCAAGAAAACGAAACAUUUCUCCACCUAAACGUGAUAAAUCACCAUCAAGAAACAGGGACUCAUUGUUGUCAAAGAGACGUGAUUCGUCACCACCAAUACUCGUUGACUCUUCAUCUCCAAGAAGGGGAGCAUCUUCACCGUCAAGAAAACGCAAUUCAUCAGUCUCGAGAAGACGUGAUUCACCAGUAAGAAGUCGCGAUUCACCACAGUCGAGAAACUAUCAGAGGCCUUCGCCUAAAGGUUCGCCUUUAAAGAAGCAAGACUUAUCACCGCUCAGAAAAAAAGAAGACAAAAUCAAAAUAUCGCUCAAAGAUGUCGAAAAACGUGAAAGCAGGGCUGUUAGAAAAUCUGCAACACCUGACAACAGAAGUAACCAUAGACGAAGCCGAUCAAGAUCAUCUUCCAUUCCCAAGAAAAGAGGCAAAAAAGAGAAAAGUGAAACUCCAAAUCGUAAAUCGAAGAAACGACAAGGAAGACGUUCUUCGUCACCUAAAGACAAAAACGAUAAAGAGAAAAACAAUGAUCGUAGGGAACGUCGUAGUUGUAGAUCAAGAUCUCAUUCUAAUCAAAGAAGCAGAAGCACAUCGAGCCUCAGCUAUUCUCCAGCAAGACGUAGCCCCGAACGCUACAAGGACAUUAUUGAAAAAUUACCCGAAAAAGAUAAGCGUAAAUACAUUAAAUCUCCAUCUGACCUACACCCUAAAAAGAAAGACGUCGCAAACUACAAACCUAAAACUUUGUGUAUAAGAAGUUCAUCCAGUGAAAACGCCGAUUCCGAAGAUGAUUUCUUAUCACUGGACACGAGGGACAGACAGGAGGAAUUGGAUAUUAAAGAAAUAACUUGGUUAAAAGAGAAAUUAGCUCGCAUGGCUAAAGCUACUUUGGGAAAGGCCACAGAUGAAGCUAAUGCUUCCACAUCCCAACCUAACUCUAGCGUAGUAGAAGAACAAACUAGUAAAGUUAGCCCAAAACCGGAUAAAACGAACAAAUCCCCACAAGAAGAAAAUAAAAUUACGGAUAAGUCCAAUCCGCCAAAGGAGAAGAGUCCGGUUAAUGUUGAAAGUUCACCAGAAGUCAAACGUGUGAGGAGUAAAUCUCGCAGUUGGUCGCGCUCGUCCUCCCGACGCUCGCGGUCUCGCUCGAAAUCUCCAUCGCGAGUGAAAUCACGAUCCCGGGAAAAAUCACGAUCACGUGACAAGUCACGUUCCCGGGACAAGUCACGCUCUCGAGAAAAAUCUCGCUCCCGUGACAAUUCAAGAGGGAAAUCUCGAUCACGGUCAAGGUCACGCUCUCGCUCCAGGUCAUCGCGUUCGAGGUCUCGUUCUUACUCCUCGUCAAGGCGGUCACGCUCCAGUCGUUCCAGUUCUUACAGCAGCAGAAGUACUUCAAGAUCCUCCCGCAGUUCUUCCAGGUCUACUCGCUCCUCCAGAACAAUGACGGGCGUGUACGCCGAUUACCGUAGAUCGAGCUUUGCGCGGAGAACGCGCACGCGCUCGCGCUCGCUCUCCAUACCGCGGCGCGCGGGCUCGCCCAGCUUCCUCGACAGGAGGCGCAUCACGAGCGCAAGGAAACGUCCGAUACCGUACAGAAGACCGACGCCAUCGUCGCCCAGCACACAGAGCUACUAUAGCAGCAGAUCCUCGCAGAGGAGCUGGACUCGAUCUCCAAGACCUGAACACGAUUGAGGCAGCAUCUAACCAACAAUGAUGACAAAAUUGGUUUGGGGCCAACCAUAAAUUACGUUACUCUUUUUUUAGGUUGACAAUCCUAUUUAUUUAUGGGUAGAGACCGGAAUCCGAAACGCCAAUUGUUGGUGUUAAAAUAUUUCGUUCAAAUUUUGGUCUUAUUUGAUUUUUAAAUAGUUCUAGAC